AUGGAUGAUUCACAAGUGGAAAGGUGGCUGCAUGAGCUAGAUACUGAAGAUGAAGAAGUGAUUGAGAGUGAAGAUGAUGAAAUCCAGCCAGAACCAGACUUGCAGGACUUAGUCCGCGAGUCAGAACUCCGUGAAAAUGAAGAAGAAAGAUUGAGUGAAUCUGACGAAACAUCAGGUUCAGAUAACGUUCCACUCGCAACUAGCAACCGGAAGGCGCAGUCCAGUCUAUAA